CAAGAGGAGUUGGUUGGAUAACCCCUCCUUGAGGCUUGUCAGAAGCUGAGAGGGUGAAUUUUCACUUGACGUCAAUGCGCGAACCCCACAUUAUGUCGGAAAAGACCAUCUCAGAUCUCCGACGCGAUGCAAGUUUCAAGGUUCACCUUUACGUAAAAAACAUUUUAAGCUUAGGUACCUGGUACCUAACUCAUUGACGCAAAUUGUGUUUGCAUUAGGUAGGCACCUCUUGGUGUUUAGAUUCUACCUAGGCACUUACCUAGAUCUCAAUGUCUUUGUUGUAAAUCUACACCCGAAAUCUCAUAUUAAACAACACAUUUUUCUAUUAAGACAACACGUUCCGAUUCUUUCUUUCACAAUGGCAUCAACAACAGCGCCAAUUAAAACUCCAGUCCUCGCCAUGCCAGACGGUCUCAACCCCGACACCCUCGACACCCUGACCGAGCUCGCCGUGCUCCUCAACCGGCUCCGCACGCCCUCCAGCACCGCAACAGGCAACACACCCGCGCCCACGCCCUCGUCCCAGCGAAAUCAGCAUCCGCAUCCGCAUUCGCAUUCGCAUCCGCACCCGCAGAACCAGUCCCAGGCGCAGACUAACAACGGCGCUACGACAACCUCCAACACCGGCGAGCUGUCCCUGAAAGAGAUCCCGCCCGCCGCCGACGUCCUCAAGCACCGCUUCCAGCGCGCCCGCGCCCUCAUCCGCGGCCUGCCGGACAUGACACGCGCCAUACCCGACCAGGAGGCCGAGAUCGCCGCGCUCGAGGCCAGGCUCGCGCGCCAGCGCGACAUGCUGGAUAAGCUAAGGGAGAUGGGCGCGCGGUUGGCGGCGCAGCAGGACGACGGAGAUGGCGAUAGGAUGGUUGUGGACUAAGCGAGGAUGAUUGCCUCUUGCCGUUUUAUGCUAGUACCUACACCUACCUAAAGACGGGAGGAAAAGAGAGAUGAGAAACGCGGAGGGACGCUGGGUGUAGAGGCCUCUAUUUAUUUACUUGGGCGUGGAGUUUCGGUGUUCAGGAUACGGUAUGAUACGGUUGCAUACGAUGCGAUACGAUACGAUACGAUACCACCAGGACAGUAUUCAGGAGAACCAAGAGUACGAAUGGAAUGAGAGUUCAUCAUUAUUAGGAACUACCUCCUCCAAGCUAUUGUUUAAUACAGCAUCAACAUUGUUAAGGAUACCUGAUAA